UCGGGAGAGAUCAGUGCUGGCUUGUUGCUUUUGAUCCCUCUUCAAAGUGCUUUCUUCUUUGCCAAGUGAAACCCAACACUCAGGUUUAUUGGAAUGCCAGCGAGCACACAUAGUAGCAUUCCUCAUGGACUGCUGUGGAAUUGCUGACCACCAUGUUGGAAAUGGUGUCUGUGGCUGCUGUGGAGCUCUACGCCCACGGUACAAGAGACUAGUGGACAACAUCUUCCCUGAGGACUCAGAGGAUGGGCUGGUGAAAGCCAACAUGGAGAAGUUGACAUUCUAUGCCUUGUCUGCUCCGGAGAAGCUGGACCGGAUUGGUGCAUAUCUUGCAGAGAGACUAAGCAGAGAUGUAGCCAGGCAUCGUUACGGUUACGUGUGUAUUGCGAUGGAGGCUUUAGAUCAGCUCCUGAUGGCCUGUCACUGCCAGAGCAUCAACUUGUUCGUGGAGAGCUUUCUCAAGAUGGUGGCCAAGCUUCUCGAAUCUGACAAAGCAGCAUUGCAGAUCCUGGGAACAAAUUCGUUCAUAAAGUUUGCAAACAUCGAGGAGGACACGCCAUCGUAUCACCGAAGCUAUGAUUUCUUCGUGUCCAGGUUUAGCGAAAUGUGCCACUCAGGACACGAUGAUGCUACAGACAGGACUAAGAUCCGUAUGGCUGGUAUAAAGGGUCUGCAGGGUGUGGUAAGGAAGACAGUCAAUGAUGAGCUGCAAGCCAACAUCUGGGAACCUCAGCACAUGGAUAAAAUCGUCCCAUCACUCCUCUUCAACUUGCAGCAAGCAGAGGAAGCUGAGAGUCGUUCUCCAUCGCCACUGCAAGCAACUGAGAAGGAGAGGGAGAGGCCUGCUGCUGUGGCCGAAGGUUGCCUCCGGGAGCUGCUGGGCCGAGCUGCAUACGGAAACAUCAAAAAUGCCAUCAAGCCAGUUUUAAUGCACCUAGAUAACCACUCACUGUGGGAGCCCAAGCUGUUUGCAGUACGGUGCUUCAAAAUCAUCAUGUAUUCAGUUCAGUCCCAGCAUUCCCAUCUGGUCAUUCAACAGUUGGUGGGCCACCUGGAUGCCAACAGUAAGAGUGCUGCCAAAGUGCGCACUGGCAUUGUGGAGGUGCUGUCGGAGUCUGCUGUCAUCGCAGCUGGUGGAUCUGUAGGACCCACAGUGCUGGAGGUAUUUAACACACUGCUACGACAUCUCCGCCUCAGCAUUGACUAUGAACUCACUGGCAAAUAUGAUUCGACCUCCAACAUCAGUAACCAGAUCAUUAAAGAGCAUGAGGAGAGAGUUUUUCAGGAAGCUGUCAUCAAGACCAUUGGUGCGUUUGCCAACACUUUACCUGCUUACCAAAGGUCAGAGGUUAUGUUGUUUAUCAUGGGAAAAGUUCCACUGCUGACAGUUCAUCAGGCUUUGGAUGUCGGAAAACCAGGGGAUAAUGGAAAUCGUAUGAUUCAGUUGAUGCUGUUAAAAUCCCUCCUACAGGUGACGAUUGGAUUCCAGAGCAAUAAUCUGUUAGCAACCUUGCCCACCUCCUUCCUGGAACCCCUUCUAUCUGCUUCAUUAAUGGAGGAUGCUGAACUUCGCCUCCUGGUCAUAGAGAUCCUCCUCAGUCUGAUUGACCGCCAAGGAAACAGGCACAAAUUCUCUCACAUCAGUAUUGUUUCAGACAUCUCUGUCCUUAAACUUAAGGUUGACAAGUGUUCCCGACAGGAUACUCUCUUUAUGAAGAAGCACUCACAGACUUUGUACAGAUACAUCUACAUGAGCUGUAAACAGGAGAAUAACUCGCACAUCCACUAUGACGCCCUAUAUGCCAUGCUUGCACUCAUCAGCGUGGAGCUGGCCAAUGAGGAGGUGGUUGUAGAUCUUAUUCGGGUGGUACUAGCUCUCCAGGAACUUUCUUUGACAAAUGAGGAUAGCUUGCCUGUGUGGACACGCUGUGCGAUUCAUGCCCUCUCCUCUGCCUACCUGAAUCUCAUUAGCCAGCUUACCAGCCUGCCUGCCUUCUGCCAGAAUAUCCAGCAGGUAAUUGAAGCCAGAAGGAAGGAAACUCCACACCUAUUACCAGAGGGAGUGUUUGAAGCUGAAAGCAGCAUACCCAAGUCCAUGGACAGAUUGGAGAAGGAGUUGCUAUUCUUGCAGAGUAAGAUCAGUGAGGUUCUGGCAGGGAGCGGUUACAGCUCUGACAGACUGGGAAUCCCCUAUAUUCCACAGUUCACAGAAGAGGAUCGUUUAUCAAAGAGAAAGAGCAUUGGAGAGACCAUCUCACUACAGGUGGAAGUGGAGUCGCGCAACAGUCCAGAAAAAGAGGAGAAAAUGCUGGCUGAGGAAAUCACGUAUGAAACCCUGAAGAAAGCAAUAGUAGAUGGUGGUGCCAUGGAGGAGCAGGAGAGAGAGAGACGACGACAGGUGGUGGAAAAGUUUCAGAAAGCUCCAUUUGAAGAGAUAGCAGCCCAUUGUGGAGCAAGGGCGACCAUUCUGCAGAGUAAACUGAAUCAAAUAUUUGAGAUAACUAUAAGACCACCUCCCAGCCCAUCAGGCACGAUCACAGCUGGUUAUGGUCAGACGCAGCCCCGUUCAGUGCCAGUUUACGAGAUGAAGUUCCCAGAUCUUUGUGUGUACUAGCAGGAACACCACACGGUCCCGCACAAUGCUUCAUUGAAUUGCAGAGAUUCUGGUUUCUCAUCCAGUCUCAUUUGCUAAUUGUGGAAUUGAUGCAACAGCAGAACCUGUAUUAGUGCAACAUGGUCAGCCAUUCCCUGCAGAAUGUUAGGAAUCGCACAGCUGUUGUUUCCACCAGUGCCAGCACAUCCAACAUCGUCCUUACAGCUUAGUGGUGCUUUGUUAUGAAGACAUGACCUUUCAAUGUAUUGCUUAUGCUUACCUGAGAUCAUGGACAGGCUUUACUGCAGCCCGGGGCUUCCUGUGGGAGUGUAGGAUCAGGCUGCCGAGCAAUAAUGGCCAGUUCAAAUUUGAGGAAGUGAUGUCUUCUUUUAAUACAGUGAUAAUCACAAGAUGAUAACAGUCCCAGCAGUUGCCUCUCAAUCGUCACAACCUAGGCCCAAUUCAGAAAGUUUGACUAUAACCUUAAUCGAUUUCACUUCGUCCAUGACAUUCUUGGUGAUUGAGGAAUGAGACAGGUACAGUCUGUUUUCACACACUGACAAAUUUAACUAACCAGCAUGGCUGGGUAACCUUUUCCGAUCUGUUGCCCUCUUCUAUGUUUGAGUUUCUUGUUCUUCAUGAUAAACUCCGGCCUCCCUGAGUCAGUAUAGGAGAGUGCUCUGAAAUGGGCAGUGUGUAGCACCACAAUGACCUACCCCAGGAGGGGAGCAGAGCAGGGGGGCAGGUCCUGAUUUCUUCUGAUCUAUUUUUGGUGCUGACUUAUGUAGCUUUCAUUGGUCAGCUAACACCUCAGAAAAUCCAGCAGCUACCGU